AUGGCCACUUCACAGAAAUUGAAAGAUGUUAGCUUCGUGCUCGUACCUGGCUCUUUUGCGACCACCAAACUCUACGAGGAUAACCUCGUAGCAGCAUUGCGCGGAGACGGAUAUGAUGCCCAACCGGUCGAGCUGCUAUCCGCCAAUGACGGAAGCAGGCUUCCUGCCCCUACAAUGGAGCAGGACGCCGAGUACAUCCGCACCAACGUCCUCUCUAUUCUAGACGACCAGGUCAAUCCAAAGAACGUCCUGCUUACUGUUCACUCAUACAGCGGUCUUCCCGGCUCUUCUGCUGUCAAAGGACUAGGCAAGGCGGAUCGAACAGCCCAAGGCAAGAGCACAGCCGUCAUUGGGAUUGUUUACAUCGGCUCGUUUCUCCCAGCCCUAGGACAAUCAGUUCGAGACAUCAACCCUGAUGCCCCUGAGCCAUAUAAGUCUGGCCUUCCGGGGGAGUACUUCCCCCUUCUGCCAGCAGAGUGUGGUCCUUUCAUUUUCAGCGACUUUCCAGCAGAGGAGAUUCCCAAGCUCUUUUCCCACUUGACCCGACACAGCUCCGAUAGCUACAGCGGCAAGGCGUCCUACGAGGCGUGGAAGUAUAUCCCGAGCGUGCAGAUCAUUCCUGGAGCGGACGCCAUCGUUCCACCGCAGUUGCAGGAGGAGAUGUACCAGAAUGCCGUGGCUGCUGGCGGGAAGGUAAAGAGAGUUUAUGUCGAAGGUGCUGGACACGCUGUCAAUGGCAGUAGGACAGAGCUCGUCGUUGAUGAGAUGAUAAAUCUGGCGAAAGAAGCCAGUAGUACUGCCUGA